CUUCCAGGUUCCACGCGUACCACACGCGAUCGUGCCAAACGUGAGGCUAACAAUCACGCACUCAACAAUCAUCACCAUCAUAACCAAAACCAAAACAACAGCAACAGCAACAGCAACAACGCGCACUCUAGCUCCUCCGCUGCCAACUCGUCAUCUUCGAACUGCUCCAACAGCAACACGCAACGCACCAAUUCGCCCGCGGCUCAUAUUAACAACAACAAUAGCAACCACAAUCAGUCAACGGCAACAGCAGCGGCGACGGCGACGACAGCAUCGUCGGCGACAACAACUUCCAUGACGACGUCGUCCAAGGCCACUCGAAAUCAACAACAACGCGAACAACAGCAAGCCCAGGCGCAUCGCAAUAAUAACAACAGUAACAGCAACAUGGACAUGGACACGUCGACCGAAAGCGAAGGCGAAGCGGCGAAUGGCAGCACAACUGGCGGCACCGCCAACAGUAACCGGGGGGCCACACGCAAGAUCUGGUCCGACUGGUGCAGCAGCUCGAAGGGCAAGUCGUCGCAGUCCGAUGAUGAGGAGAACAAUAAUAAUAAUUUUAGCAGCGCCACGACGACGACAACGACGACGGCGCGUAACGUACGCACCACCGUCACGCAGAAGAAGCGCAAGAAGCUUACGCGCAAGGCGGCAAUUGCAAGCAAGAGCGCUGCUGCUGCGGCGGCCCAACGUGAAGCGGCCGCUGCACGCGAGGCGGCAGCACAAGCGGCCGCUAUUGCAGCCGCUACGGCGAACAGCAAAGACUCUUCGUCGAAGGAGGAUGGUGGCGCUGGCAGUGGUGGUGGCGGCGGCGGCGUACGUGGUCGCAAGGGCCGCAUGAAGAAGGGUGCGCGCGGACGCAAAUCACUGAAGAUCGCCGGGCUGGAUGUGCUGCACAAGCAGACGCUGUUGAGCACGUCACACGAGGUGCUGAGCAAGAAAUUGCCAGCGGCACCAGGCUGUGUGGACCAACAGCUGACGUCGUUGUUGACGCGUAACAUGUCGCACACGGAGUUGGAAAUACCGGAGGCGCCCCAGGAUACACCGUAUGCAUUGCAGAUUCUAUUGGAUGUCUUCCGUUCGCAAUACAUGGCAAUGAUAGAUCAGAUGAAGGCGAGGUCGUUUGUGCCGAAUAUAAAACGUCAAAUACAGCUGGAGCAGGAGCGCAAACAGCGCAUUAAGAAUCGUGCCUGCCAGCUGGACAAGCAGAUUAAGGUGCUAAUCGAUGAUAGUGUGAUGCUGCUAAAGGCGCGCAUGAAUGAGCUAGGCAUCAAUGUGACCUCACCGAAUGAUCUGAUAACAAAGGCGAAGGAGAUCGUGGGACGACAUAAGGAAUUGCAGGGCAUCGCAAAGAAGAUACAAUCGCAGGUCACGGUCUGUGAGUUGGAGCAGAAACGCAUGCUAAAGAAACACCUGCAGCAUUUGCCGGAUUAUCAGCAGACCUGCGGCACCAAUGGACGCACCAAACUGGAACUGCCUUCUGGCAGUGUGAGUGAGUUAAGCGAAACCGCUGCGCACGAGUUAGUUCUGAAGGAGAUCGCCAACACGUUGGCGCAACGCAAGAAGUUGUACGCGCAAGUGUCGAGCAUUGAGAAGGAGGCCGCGCUUCUGGAGAAAGCCGCCGAAGAGCGACGCACUGCAGCGGCGUUGCUUGCUCAAGGCACCAACAUGAUAUUGGCGACCUCAUCGCCAGCGCUAAGCGGAACGCCAACAAUGAUGCCCGCCACGCUAAUACCAGCAGGUACCGGUGGCGGCGCGACACAACCGCUGCAGCUGACUACUAUGACGGCAUCAAAUAGCACAUCAGGUGCUGGUGCCGUGUCCCAUAGCGCGCCCACAACGCCUAGCAAAUCUUCAGGGCAUGCUUCGUCUAGGAGCACGCGCCGUAGUCGCGAUCAUCGUACGCGUUCCCAGGAGUGGCCCGAUGUGCCGGACGUAGGCAAGAUCGAGGAGAGCAAUCCCGAGGUAUUGGCGCAAAAGAUACUGGAGACCGGUCGUCAGAUUGAGGCAGGCAAAUUUUCAGCAACUGCCGGUGUUGGCAACUCGUACAACAAUGCAGCGCUUGGUGCUGGCCCGCAAGUUGGUGGAAAGCAACUGGUGCCGCCACAGGCCGCACACAUGCACCAUCACCACCACAACAAUAACAAUAUGGCGCAAUACCACGAGGAGGUGCCGACAACGCCGCCGUCAAAGAAGAAGCAACAUGCGCGCAGCUCGAGCAGCGAGCAUUUACCAUCGGUUUCCAUUUAUGUGGCCGAUAGCAAUCUGAUGCCUGCGCCCAUAGCUGCAGGCAAACACCAGCAACAGCUGCCACAGCAGCAGCUGCAAUCACCUUCCGCAAGUGGUAACGGUUUGCGCAGCGCGGUCGGCAUGCUGCCGAAAUGUGAACUGCCUGGCGCGCGCAAGUCCUUAAUGUCUGCUGCAGCUGCUGCCGGCAUACAGGAGUCUCCCAAAGUGGCUAACUUCGAGGACCGCCUUAAGAGCAUUAUCACUUCGGCGCUAAAUGAGGAUCAGGAACAUCGCAAGGCGGCCGCACAUCAAAUCCCUGGCUCGUCGUCAGCCACCCACAUGCAUGAUUUGAAUUUGUCCUCCGCUCCACAACAAUCGUCUCCGGCGACGAAGCGCAGCAAACACUCAGCGGCAUCUAUGAACAACAUGAAUCAGCAGCAACACGCGCACCAGCAAAUGCAAAUGCACCACCAACAACACGCGCACCACAAUCAUUUGCCGCCGUUGCCACCACAGGCACAGCCGCCAAACAAUUUGAGCAACCUCAUCACCGUCGCUACCCAGGGGCCAACACAUUUGAAUGCUAACACCACCAUAUCACCAAUAACGCCACCACUCUCUACCGCCAAUAGCCAAUACGGCAGCGGCGGCGUGGGUGCAGGCAAAUAUGGCGGCGGCAAGCAACAGUCUUCCGCUGCAACGGGCGGGCAGAAAGGUAGCACUGCUAAAUAUCAGCAACAGCAACACAAUGUGCACCUUCAACAACAACAGCAGCAGCAACAGCACUUAGCACAUUUGCAGCAGCAGCAGCAUGCGCACUAUGGCUCUGCCGCGGCAGUUGGCGCCUCACCAGCUGACUUGGCCUUCCAUCAUCGUCGUCGCAGCUCUGUCAGCGCGGCAAGUUACGAACACUACGCUGCACAGCAGCAGCAGCAACAA